CACUGCUUUCGCCAGUCAUCGUGCAACACUGGCCGGGUCAGCAGCAGCAGAAGCAAAAGCAAUAAAACUUUGCGUCUUACGCGAAAAUCGAGAUAAAAUUCGCAACCGAAGGGGUCCGGUCCCAAAACCAUGACUAAUCCGCGCACCGUUUGAUCGGAUGUCUUCCCACCCACAAGUGACCGUGAAUAUGUGAGCGCUGCGAAUGGGAAACGGAGAAAAUCGAAGCCAGUUCGCCAGCAGCUCGAUUCCAAUAAGAUUCGCGUCGAGUGCAACAGAGAGAAAAAUUGAAAGUGAAUAUCGUGAUUUACACUAUUCCAAGCCCAGUGCCAUUCUUCCUAAAGCCCAAUGAUUUUUUAAGGAGUUAUGCUGCGCGGAAUAAGUUGAACUAUUCAACCCGGUUGCCCAGUUGUUUACUAGUUGUUGAUUUGUUGUUGCACGCUGCUGACGUCGCAAGAUGGUCUCACUGAUAAAGAACCAACUGCUCAAACAUUUGUCCAUUUAUACGAAGAACCUUUCCUCGGACAAAAUCAACUUGAGCACCUUUCGCGGCGAGGGCGAGCUCUCGAAUCUGGAAUUGGAUGAGCGGGUGCUCACCGAGCUGCUGGAGCUUCCAAGCUGGCUGCGACUCACCUCCGCCUGGUGCAAUCAUGUCUCCUUCCGGAUUAGUUGGACCAAGCUCAAGAGCGUGCCCAUAACGCUGACACUGGAUGAAGUGCGCAUUACCAUUGAGACCUGCAAUCCAACUACACGCGAUGCAGGCGGAGGAUCUGGUCCCGGAGGAGCAGGAUCUCCCACCGCUGCUGCCGCCGCCGCCGCUUUGCCACAAGUGCCACAGGGUAAAUACAGCUUCAUCCACAAGGUGGUCGAUGGCAUCACAAUUGUGGUCAACACGGUGAAUGUGAACUUUGUGAGCGCCGCCUUUACCGCCUCCGUGCAAAUGUCUCGCAUUCGCGUGGAAUCCAAGACGCCCAAGUGGGCAAAUGCCGAUUUGCGGAUGACACGGCUGAAAGACGCUCAGAAGGGCAUCAUACUGAUCUUCAAGGAGCUCUCCUGGCAGACGGUGCGCAUCGAGGCCAGUUCCACGCAGGACAAGUCGCUGACACCGCUGCGUCUGCUCACCAAUCACGCCAGGUGCCGCAUCACCAUACGGAAACGGCUCUCCGACUGUUCACUGCUCGCUUCACGCCUGGUCCUCAUCCUGGACGAUCUGCUCUGGGUGCUCACGGACUCGCAGCUUAAGGCGGCUCUGCAUUUUGUGGACUCCCUGUCCGGAUUGAUCAAGGCGGCCACUCAUGCCACCCAAAAGACAAAGGCGGCUCGCAAAAUGCAGACACUGCCCGAGUACAAGGCCCAGGUGGAGCAGCAGCAGAAUCGUCUCUCCGAAUCCGCCCACACGACGAACGCGCAACGCAUGUUCAAUGCCUUCGAUGUGCGGGAGACUUCGUACCAUUUCUUCAGCCAGCGCAUCGAUCUGCACUUGUGUGACGACGAGGGCGACGGACGCUCCAGUUACCCGGAUCUGGACAAGGGCGGUGCCCUGCAGGUCUCGGUGACCGCCUUCCAGGUGGACUACUAUCCCUACCAUCUGGCCAAAUCGGAUCGCGCGCAUUGGGCCAAGUACAAGGAGGCCUCGGUGGCGCCGGCUCUGUGGCUCAAGGAAUCGCUCAAUGCCUUCCGUGAGGCUGUCCUCAACUUGAGUCAACCCAAUCGACCGGCCACACAUGCGCCACUGGAGCGUAGCACUCCAGCCUCACCGAUUAUGCUCAGUGCCAGUAUGCUGGGCUCCCAGCAUCCGGGACCCGGUAGCUACUCCAAUGGCAGCAGCACGCCCACAGCAGCCGGAUUGGCCGGAGGUUCGGCAGGAUCGGCUGGUUCUGGCUCCGCUUCCGUCAAUAGUCAACUUUCUCAGGCAGCACAGCAGAGGAGCACGCUGGAGAACUUGUCGAAGCUGAUGAGCUCAUGUGUGAUCCUGCGCAUCGAGGACUUCACUUUGUAUAGAGUCACCACAUCGGGAAAGAAGGCUAUGCCCAAGGAAUUUGUUUCGGCGCAACAUAAAAGGAAGAGCAAAUCCUCAGGCGACAAGGAUCGGUAUUCGUUUCCCGCCGAGAUGCCCAUUAUCCAUGCGGAAUAUACUUACUUUUAUUAUCCCGGGGACUUUGUCUUUCCAUUGCCGCCUUCGAAGGUCUUUGUGCAUGUGAAUCCCAUCCAGGUGCAUUUCGAUCUCAGCUCAAUACUGUGGCUCAACUCCUUCGGGCUCAAUCUGCACGAGAGCCUGCUGCGCACCAGCGUUGGAUCGCAGAGCACUCAGCAGCCACGCGGCUCGAUUGCCUCCAAUGGCUCCAAUGGCACACAGAUGGCCGCCGCCGUCAAUGUUGACCAGGAGCCGAAUCUGAUGUACAUGGACGUCAAGGUGGAAGCGAUUAUGCCGCGUAUCGUGAUGGAGGCGGCGGUGGAUGCGCCCACUCAAAAGGAUCGCCCCAAGACAAUGCAGAUUCAGGUGUCCCGCUUUGCGUUGACCAACAUCCGUGAGAUGGGUAGCUCCAGGGCGGAUCUGGCCCAAGCUCUGCACUCCCUGCAGGAGGGAUCUCUGGUCUUUGGCUCCGGCUUUCCCUCCGAAGAGGGUGACAUGUGCAUCGUCACGGAUCGCAUUCUGUCGCAUGUGGCCGCCUCCGAUGUGAGCAUGAUGUCACCGGGAUCGCCGGCGGGUCAGCAGCAGCUGCCACGAUCCGCCUCCACGCAGUACCUAUCACGUUAUGUCAUGUGGCUGGAGCCGCGGGAUGUGUGGUGCAUCAAACUGGACCCGGUUUGGGUGGAUUUCCUGGGCGCCCGCUCGCUGGGCCCCAACAAAUCCAUACCGUUCGUGGACGCGGUCCCCAUCACAUUGUGGCUGCACUCCGGCUCCGCCCAGGCACAACUGGAUGUGGGAAAGAAGAGAGCUGGCACGGAAGCCGGCAGCAUGGAGAGCAUGGGCCUGGCCCCGCUGCCCACGCUGCCGCCACUCCAGCCGUGCAAUCCCUUCCUGAGCGACGAGGAUGUGCGUCUCGCUGGCCUCGCCGCCGGAGUGUCGCCCCCAGCUCCUGCUCCGGAUCGCACGGCCGAUGUGCAUGCCAUUGCGCAUAUUUCGAAUCUUGUGAGCCUGCAGAUCGAUCACUACCAGCUGCUCUUUCUGCUGCGCCUCGCCGAGGAAUUGAAUGAGAUGUCCACCUUCCUGAACCUGGAUGCCGAGCGCAUAUUGCAAAAGCAAAACGAACAAAAGUCGAUCAUAUUUGGGUGCGUUGUGCCGCAGAUCGAGGUCACGCUCGUGAUGCCAUCGCCAACACCUGGUAAGGAAUCAAGUGGUGGUGAUGCUGAAAGUGUCGUACCCGAUUCAGCUAGUUUGGGUGAUGAUUUACACAUGAAUAGCGGUAACAUAACCUGGCCCACACCACCGCCAUUGGAGCAGCUGAAGAGCAACACCUUCGGCAGCGUAGAGACACCAUCCCCAGUGACCAAUGACCCGCCUUUUGACAGUGGCAUACACAUAUCUAAUCCUAAUACGCAUGGUUAUAAUGUUCAGAUACAAAGUACGCCCACGUUGGCCUCUUCAACGCCCAGCCAGGGAUCUCGUCCGGAUACGGGUAUUUCCACACAAUCGCAAUCGCAUUCGCAGUCCCAAACGCAAUCGAUCUCGACCGCUUCGAGGAGCGGCGGCAAGAGUGCAGGCAGUCGGUCGGGAGGCACUGACACCGUGCCCAGUCUCACCAAGGAGAUCAACUCCGGUCUGCUGUCGAUGAAGAAGGGCUUCUCCAGCUUCAUGACAUCCAUUGACUCGGCCAUUAAGUCGGGCACACCCAACGACGAUGCCAGUGAUACGUUCUCCAUACAGAGCGACAUUAGUUCCGACUCGGAGAACUUUGCCAUUGUGAUGGGCGAUGACAAGACCAUGGAUUGCAUGGAUGUGAUGUUCCGCCUGAAUCCCUUCACCAAUGACAACAACAUGAAGGCCUCGCCGGUGGAGGUGGCCAGUGAGGUGUACGAGGAGCAGCCGAGCAGCUACAAGACGAACAUGUCCUCGCCAUCGGAACCCUCGGAGGGCAGCACCUGGCGGCGACGUGAUCUGGUGUCCAUGGCCACCUUUAGAUUGACCACUGUGGAGCUGAUUCGCCAGCAGGAGGGACCCAAAUCCUCGGUUCGCCUGCAGGUGGCCGCCGUUUCCUGUGACGAGUGUGGAGCCAUCCCCUGGGAUGAGUUGCAGAUCGCGCAUCAAGCAAACAAGACCAAGUUUGGAGCGCGUUGCAAAGCCUGGAAUCUGGCGCCAUAUAAUCCAGAGGCUCCGCCUUGCAUUCGCCUGAGAUUGGAGGAAACUUUGAAUAUGCCAAAGGAAAUAGAGGGCAUCAUUGAUCGUAAACGCAUCCAAAGCUGGAUCACUCACCAUGCCGAAAUUCGUGUGAAAGACAUCAAUAUGGAUCUGUCGAUGAGCACCGUAAUUGGACUGGGUGAUCUGGCCGAGGAUGAGGUCAUCUCUCCGCCCAUGCCAGUGACCGUAAAUCUGGAGAAUGUUCGCAUCAACUUGCUUGAGGACCGUCCACCCGUAAAUAUUACCUCACCGGGACCAGUGCCCAUAAAUCUGUGCAUCGGACGCAUGCGUCUGGAGCGUGACCAGAGCGGAUUGCUAAAUAUCCAGCCUAUAGAUACAAACUUGAGUGCCGCGCAGCAUCAGGCACUGGGAAGUGCCUUAUUUGGAGCACCACGUGAACGCGAUCGGGAGCUGCUGUCCAUGCAGCUGGUGAUGCAGCAGAUGAAGCUGGACAAUGAUCAGCUGCGUCGGCAACUUGUGGACUCCAAAAUCAACACGGAUAACUAUAGGCAAAAGACCAAGCAAGAGGCGGAUGUGCUGCGAUCGUAUUUGAAGGCCGCCCAGGAUGACAUUAGCAUACUGCUGGAGGAGAAGAAGGCUUUGCUGGACACCAUCCGUUCCCUGCAGAUACAAAUGAGCUCAUCGAAUAUCAGCAGAAAGAGUGAUGGGAACAGGUAGCAUAACUGCAUGGACUGCAUACAAUGCUGCGGCGAGAACAACAACGCCUAGCCCUAAGCCAACGUAUGCCGUACAGUCAGACGAUAGUGCCCUCUAUAACGCCCAUGACGUCAACCUCAACAUCAUCGCCAUUCGAUUUUGAGUUUAGCAGAAGACUGAGCCGUUCCGAAAAAACGGACAUUUUUCACGUUGCCGUUCGUCAUUUCUUACUUAUACAAGAAACGUGUAUACGUAUACACAGAAAUCUAUAAAUCUAUAUACAUCGUUUUUAUCGGUUUUAAGCUGCCACAAGCUUUUGCUAUCGUUCCAAAGAAUGCUUUAUUUUGUUUUUUCAAAAUUUUUGGAAGACUUAUGUUGAUCUAUUGCGUAGCCUUUUUAGAAACAGACUUUUAACCAAUCCCCUAUUGUUAAUUAUUUUACAAAAUGAUAAUCAAAGCGAAAGCUCGAACUAUGUACAGUCGUGUCAUUGAUAUUGCGCCCACUCAACAUAUUGUAUAUUAUAACUAAUUCCAUAAAUAUUGGAUAGGACAUGUUGUUGUGAUUCAUGAUCAUAUCAAAACUGAAUUCUAGUUACUGUAUGUAUGCAUUGCUGUUGUAAUCGUGUGCUAGAAAAAUAUUUGGCCAAAUUUAUUAUAUCCGAACUUUAUAGUAUUUUCUCGGAUGGGAAACACUCAUCCGAGAACUAUUGAAAUUUGUAUUCACGUUCUCAUUCUGCAUUCCAAUCGACUCGAUCAUCGUUUUUUGCCACAACUACUAAUCAAAACUAAAUACACAAUGCAAUACAAUAAUCAAAAGCGUUAUAGGCAUCCUAUAUCUAUGCCUACUAAUAACAAAAAAACUUAAAUCAAAUGUACCAUGUUGAAUAAAACAAAAACUCAAGUCAGUAACGCAACGCGUAUACAAUUUUAAAUUAAAAUUUUUCAUAUUUCGAAUUGUAAAUGAACAAAUAUUUGUAUUUGUAUUAUAAAGUUAAAACACAUUAAACUAAACCAUUAUUGAUUGUUAUACAUUAUACGAAAGUUUUCAUCUGUAGCUAGGCGAAAUGAAACAUAAGAAAUUGAAGUCAUAUUAAAUAUUGCAAAUAUAUUCAAAUGUAAAUGUU